AACAUUCUCAAUGGAGGAAGAAAACUGCGCUGGAAACACAAACGCAGGCGUCCGGCUGCCUCUGUCCUCCCUGCGGCUGCUCGUCCCGCCGCUGCAUCUCAUCUGCGCUUUCAUGUGGCAGGUGCUGCAGCAGAAAAGUGUGAUGCAUUAUGGGAAGUUGGAGGAGUUCGUCUCCAUGGUGACAGAGAAGCUGCCGCAGUUGCUGGGUUACAGACAGAGAGUUCAGCUGAUGCUGGGACUGAGAGCCAGAAUGGUUUUGGAGUUGUGUCGUGAUUCAGCUGAUGUUAGAAGCAUUCAGGCACAUCUGGACAAAAUCCGGAUCCCAGCGCCGCCGGCCGGACUGCCAGCUGGUCUUGAUGCUGAUUUGGGACAUUCAGUGUUUAAUUUCAAAGCUUUGGUUCUGGCACUCAUCAAAGACCCGGUUGAGAAAGCUUAUUUCUUUCAGGAAGUGUUUCCUGCAGAAUAUGGAGCUCAAUACGACACGGCUCUUAAAGAGCUCAUGUGGGAACUUCUGUCCAGCCUGGAGAAACUGCUUCCUGUGCCAGACAUAAAAAAAACGGUGUCAUUGCUCUCUUCUGCCCCUGCUGGUCUGGAGGAAUAUAUGCAGACCAACCCCAAUGACCUGCACAUUCUUCUGCAGCAGCAUCAACUGUUUGGAGGUUCAGAAAGUCAGAGUUGGCAGAAAGGAUCCAAAGUGGGGUCUGUUCCUCGUUCAUCUGGUGAAUGGAUUCUGUCGUCGCUGUCCAUCCCUCCGUCCGCCCGUGUCGUCGUUACUGGUGACCCCGUACAGCUCUAUCAUGUCCAGACGUCCAGCGUCGCCAUCUUGACUCCGGCCGCUCUUGGUCAGCUGAGCUCGGACGGCAUCAUCGUUACCGACUACAUGGAGGUGGAGCUGAGCAGCCACGACAUCUCUGACGAGCUGAUGGAGGCAAGCGCGACACACGUGGAUGGAGAUGUGGAGGAGAAGCCGAGCAGCGGCAGCGUGGAGGUGCUGUUAGAUGACGAACGUUCUUCUGCGAGCGAGAGCGUGGAGGAACCUUUGAGCGGUGUGGAACCAAAUACUUUAAAUGACAAACUGACAAAAUGUGAUGUGACGUGUGAGACUGUGAGCGUUGCCACGGCAACGACAUCCCAUAAUGAACCUGCCGUGGCUGGAAUGAGCAUCACAAACGCACAGAAUGAUGAGCGCACACAGGACACGCUGAUGGAAGUGAAAGAGCCUGCUGAUGUCACUCCUGAUGCAGGAAGUGAUGCAGCUGCGUUACAGGAAGUCAAAACACCACCUGUAACAGAUGUCGUCCAGACGUCCCCUCCGCGGAGAGGGCGAGGGAGACCGAGGAAGAGCGUAGCAAUGACUGACAAAAACAUGGUAAAAACAACCCUCCGAAGAGGACGACCCGCAUCCGUUAAACAGGAGAACCGCACAGAGGAGAGGAGUUCUGAAACACCGCAUGGAGAGAAUAAAGACGCCUCCAAUAAGCAGUCCGACAGAUCUGGAACACCUGGAGUGGUGACUAGAGCGCCUUCUACUAGCCAGUAUCACACACGCAAAUCCCGCAAGACUGAACCAUCGAGAGAAGAGUCCGUUGACAACCCUCGUGCUCGCUACCUGUGCAACACCUGCGGCCGUAAGUUCACCCGCAGCUCUGAUGUGCGUCGACACCAGCUCACGCACACAGGAGAGCGUCCGUUCCACUGCAGCCACUGCGAGAAGACGUUCCAGCACGCAUGGGAUCUGACCAAACACUGCCGAAAAAUGCACGAUGAGGCCGCAUUCACGUGCCAGCUGUGCGCAAGCAGCUUCGCUAACCUGCGCCUCCUGAGGGCCCACCACAAGAGAGACCAUCGCGGUGACCUGCCGCAUUACUGCUCCAUCUGCGGCGAAACCAGCCCGACGGCCGCUGCGCUCAUUCAGCACCGCAAGACACACAGCAUCACGCAGCAGUAUCGCUGCGAACAGUGCGGCAAGGGUUUCGACACAUUACUGCAGCGAUCCGUACAUCGGCAGAGCCAUCUCAAACGCCUCCACUUCAAAUGUCCGCUGUGCGAUAAAAUGUACACGCGCCGCACGGAUGUGAAGAGGCACCAGUUGAGUCACACGGGCGAGCGGCCGCAUCAGUGCUCGCUCUGUGGGAAACGCUUCAGUCUGCGCACCGGUCUGCAGAAACACCUCUUGACGCACACGGGUGAGAGACCGUUCCAGUGUACGUGCUGCCAGAAGUCCUUCACACAGCUGUCCAUCUUGCACCGGCAUGAGCGCAUGCACACCGGCGAGCGGCCAUACCUCUGCUCGCAGUGCGGGAAGCGAUUUCUGUCACACGGCGAGCUCAUUAAACACGAUAAAACCCACCGGGACGAGAGACCAUACUCGUGCCCGCAGUGUCACAAGUGCUUCAAGUUCAAACGAGCACUGCAGGAGCACAUCCUGUCUCACAGCGGUGCACGGCCGUACCCGUGCAACUACUGCGGCAAAAUGUUUGCCAAACCCUUCGCAUUAAACCGACAUCACCUGAUACACACCGGAGAGCGGCCGUUCUCUUGCGCUCACUGCGACCGGACGUUCCUCACCUCGAGCGAGCUCGCUCUCCACGAGCGAGUGCACACGGGCGAGCGGCCCUACUGCUGCGUCACGUGUCCCAGGAAGUUCCGCAGUUCCUCUGAGCUGGCACGACACCGCCGCAGUCAUGCGCAGGAGCGGCCGCACAGCUGCAGCUACUGCCCGAAAGCGUACGCUACUGCCGCCAAACUCAAUAGUCACGUGAGAAUCCACACAGGGGAGAGCAAAGCCAAACACUCGCCUGCCGUGAACCAAACCGCAGAUGUGUUAGCGGCCAAUGCGCACGAAGCCGCAGAUGCCAUUACCAUUAUUUUAGAAUAGUGUCAGUGGACUGAUUGACAGUGUCUUUAGUCUAAGACUAAACUAACCCGUGUCGGGCAAAUGAUCACUUGGUUGUUUCAGAUUUUUGUGUUGCUGUAACAGUUUUCAAUACUCUUCAUCAUAGAUAAAGUAUCUUAUAGAAUAAUGUGUUGAUGUCAUUAGUUUAUUGACUUUGUCUUAAACUCAAAUACAGCUCGUUUAUGCUUCAUUUUCAUCUGCUGGUGUUGAGAGAGAGAUCCUGUUUUCUUUAAAGGUGAAGUGUGUAUCAGACUGAUUUAUUUUCCUCAUAGGUGAACUGAUUAUUAAUGAUAACUUAUAAACUUUUAAAGACAGACCAAGCAUGAACUCUGCUUGUGCACAUUAUUUCAACUCAUUUUUAAAAGAGUUUUAAUCAUGAAGUGUUUCUCCUUUCAUCCAUUCAGUCGUAUCCGACACUCUGCGACUUUAUAGGCAAGCGUUCUCCAUGCUAUCCUGUCGAGCACUGCAUCUCUCAACUGCAUAUCGUUGAGAGUUCAGUUCAUAUCGGUAUCCGCUUUGAUGGUGUCGAGCCAGCGUGUUCUUUGCCGGCCCCUUCUUCUGGUUCCACUGACCAUUCCCAACAUUACUGACUUCUCGAAUGAGUUUGCACACAUGAUGUGGCCAAAGUAAGUCAAAUGUCUAGUGAUUUUAGCUUUUAGUGUCGUCCCUGGUUUUAUGAGAUCCAGCACUUCUCUGUUUGUUUUCCUGGCUGUCCAUGGUAUUCGUAACAAUUUCCGUCAGCACCACAUUUCGAAUACAACGAUUCUCUUUCUGUUGGCCUUUCUUAGCUUCCAGCUCUCGCGCCCAUACAUCGUCAUCAGAAAAAUGAUGGCUCUGACUAAUCUGCUUUUGGUAGUUAGAGUGAUAUCUUUGCUGUACCACAUCUUAUUCAUGCCAACCAUUGCAGUGUGGCCCAAUGCGAUCCUGCACUUGAUUUUGAGGGUGGAUUCUCCAUCACGGUCGAUUUUUGAUCCAAGGAAGAUGAAAUCCUGAGCUGAUUCAAUUUCGUCAUUGAUUUUAAACUUCACUUAUCCACUAGCUGCUGUCGUCAUGAUCUUCGUUUUCUUGAUUUUAAGGUGCAGCCCCAUUUUUUCAAUUUCUUCCUUAAUUUUCAAAAUUAGAUGUAUUAGGUCAUCCUCCCUUUCGGCCAGCAAGGUCGCAUCGUCCGCGUAUCUCAAGUUGUUGUUGAUGAUUCUUCCGAUCAUCACUCCAAUAUUGGAUGAGUCCAAGACUAAAUUCCUCAUGAUCACCUCAGCAUAGAGGUUGAAAAGAAAAGGGGACAAAAUACAGCCCUGUCUCACACCCUUGCUGAUCCUGAACCAGUCUGUAUCACCAUAGAGUGUUCGCACCGUUGCUUUCUUGUCGAUAUACAGCGAUCUAAUAAGCUUGAUCAAAUGAACUGGCACGCCAAGGUCACGCAGAGCCACCCAGAGCUUGUCAUGUUCAACGCAGUCGAAAUCUUUGCUGUAGUCGAUAAAACGCAUGUACAGAUCUUUCUGGUAUUCGUGGGUGUUUUCAAUAAUCCAUCUGAUGUUGGCGAUGUGAUCUCUAGUACCUCUCCCUUUCCUGAAGCCAGCUUGGAUGUCAGGCAGCUCCAAAUCGAUGACCUGCUGUAGCCGCUGUUAAAUAAUCUUCAGUAGGAUCUUGCUGGCAUAAGAAAUCAGCGCUAUUGUGCGGAAAUUGGAGCAAUCUCGGGCGUCCCCUUUUUUUGGUAGUGGGCUAAUCACAGAUCUUGUCCAGUCCUUUGGCCAUUUACAAGUGGACCAUGUCUCUUGGCACAAGGCUUUGAUGACACUGACUGGCACUGGUUUCAGAGUUCUGCAGGUAUCCUAUCGAUUCCUGGGGCUUUCAUGCUAGCCCAUGCUGUUUCUUCCAAAAUGUUGGGUUCCCUGUCCAUCUGGCCAUUAUCAUUGUCUUCUUAGUGUUCAGUGUGACUGGCAUAUAGCUCUUCUGUAUACUCUCUCCACCAGUUAGGGUUAGGCUUAGGCUUCUGCUGGUUGCUCAAUUCAUUUUUAUCGCGAUCCCUGACUGUUCCUUUCCAGGGAGAGAAACUGGAUCGCAUCAGCUUCACUACAGCAAACAUGGCUCUGGUGUGUCCCUUCCUAUUGGCCUCUUCCAGAUGUUUACAUUGUUUUUUCCUGAGAAAGCUGUCAUUGACACAAGACAUUUCAAAAACACGUCUGUGUUCAGUGCAAAGUUUCAGUUUCUGCAUUUGCAGUUUGGAGAUUCCACCAGCAGGUGGUGAUAAAGUUCAUGUCCAAACUCUGAAAGUACAGAAUAUCAAAUCAUGUCCGUGAUGAUCACUGUUGUAGCCGUUUCAUGAAACAAAUAUUUAUGAGAUUUGUGUUAAACUAUCUUUCUUUAGGUCAUGGUUUAUUUUUCAUUAAUAUUAUUAUGCUUAUAUUAACAAUUCUAAUUAUGAUCUAAUUUGUAUUGGUAUUUUUCCACCUGUUGUCGUCGAGUGAUUUUUAAGUCACUGCAAAAGGUGCCACUGGAGGAAAUUAGAGAGAGUAAAAUGUUUGGAUUUGGAAUGAUUUUUUUUUUUUUUUACUUCGUUAUUUUGAUUAUAUUUUCAAGUGUGACUUGAAUUUAGAAAUAUUUUUGUGUUUUGAUAAAUUUAUUAAAAUGUUCAAAAUUGCAUUCCAAUACAAACACUCUUAAUAUACUAGCCAUUAAUUGUGUGUCAGUAGUUGAAAAUGAUUCAUUACACUGUGUAACACAGUUUUUGUUCCUGGGUAGUAAGUAUUAUUUCCUAAUUGCUUAUG